GAUUUUCAGCUCGUCGGCAGUCUUCACAGUGGCUAUCUCCAAAUUGAUCUAUUCAACAGCACUGGUGACAGUAUACUCAACAAACCAUUCACUACUCAUUUUCUUGAGGUUUCAGACCAAAAUGUUGAGCACAGCUUAGCCAUACGCAUCAACACUGGAGCCAAGACGUUGUCCUACCGAUUGGAAUCAACACCGGACCAUGUAUGCGAAAUCACAGAAGAUAUUAAUCUACAGGACGCUGAGGUGGUGCCCACACUAGGAGGAGGAGGGAACUCGAUGAUUGGCUGUGUGACGUUGAUUACGGUAGAAGUGGGCUGGGCGACUACGGCGCCUCAUCACGUUAUUCCAAUAGCUUCAAACGAAAUCGAUGAAUGUUCUGAAGCUAACGAAUGCGCUCAUAGAGAUUGUAAUAAAGGUAGAUGUAUCGAACUUGAAGUGGCCACAUGUGACUGUUACGGUACAGAAAAGUCUGGCCCAAAUUGUCGUUACCCCGCUCGAACUGUAUUUGUUAUGAAUAACGAUGACGAAAGUCAGCCAAGUCAUAUACGGUACAUACCGUGGAAUGUGGAUCAGACCAUCAGCCGAAUCACCAUUGACUUCAGAUUCGCGGAACUCGACAACAAGCAAGGUGUUCUGCUAUAUUCCGUUCUCGACGAUGGCUCCAUUGUAAAGCUGUUUGUGGUAGAAGGAAAUGGAAAUUUACUAUUUGACCCUUUUCAGAAACUCGCCCUCCAGAACUCGUCCGUCAGUCUUAGGCUAUCAUCCAUGCUGUUUGGUGGGGCUCCAGCAACAAAUGGUACCCGUGAAUUAGGCAUCACCGCAUGUUUGAAGAAUGUCUACGUUGAUCAUUAUGACAUCAUCUAUAUGAUGUAUGACAAGGACAAGCGAGUAAGCAUCUUACAAAUCCGCUUUCUAGAAGAUCCAGCGCCUUGUGAAAAAUCACAAGAUUACGUGUGUCGCAACGGAGCCACAUGUGAACGUCGUUCUGGGAAUGUGGUCUGCAUUUGCAGACGAGGAUUUGGUGGGAGGUACUGUCAAUUCGUAUCUACUACAAUUUCAGUGCUACAUCCGAGAACUUGUGCCGAAGCUAGGACUUUUCAUGAUGAGUCGUCCGGACCCACUCAGUUGGAUGUGGAUGGCAGCCGUCCGCUCCUUGGCAGUGUAGCCGUUUGUCGCAAUGGCACGACCGUUGUGCCACACGAUAUGCCAAAUGGUACGGUAAUUCGAUCGUCGUAUGAUCCAACUGAUGCAAUGUUCAUCAUUUCAUAUCGCGAUUUCAGCAAUGAAAAGCUUGCGAGACUGAUACAAAAUUCGGGAUCGUGCCAACAACAAGUGUACUAUGUCUGCAGUCAUGCUGCACUCCGGUUUGAAUCAAAAAGGACAUGGUUCCAAGUAGCCGUUGGGAAUCGGACAGUACGGCAGAUUGGNCGUGUACCGGACAGCUGUCCUUGCAUGGAUAUGGGAUGUAUCGAGAACACUGCCGCUGCUCCGAUACGUUUUGCCGAACCCAGGGCUCUACCCGUACGUGAUUGGAAUGGCGAGCCAAUAUCGCUUCAGUUUCGUACUGCUUUACCUUCCGCUACUUUACUCUCUGUCCAAGAGAGCGCUGAGCGAUUCCUAAAAGUGGAACUGAUUAAUGGGCAUAUGAUUCGCGCAUCGCUGUUCAACUCCAGUGCUACAGUUGAGUCGCAGGCAAGGUUGAAUGACACAAAGUGGCAUCUACUGGUACUCGAGAUAGCAAACGAUGAAAUCCGAUUAAGUAUCGAUAAUUCCAAUACGUUCACAGCUAUUUCCGAGACAGCCGUUCCAAAGGGAACACUCCAACUGAACGACGAUGACAGUGGUUUCACUGGCUGUAUUCGGUCUCUCAUUAUUAAUGACGAAGCGAUUGAUGUGCAAGCCAUCGGAAAGGCCAGCUUUGUCGUAGAUGUCCAUCCUUACUGUGACGAUCGAUGUCAUGAAAACUUCUGCCAAAACGCUGCCGAAUGCAUCGAAGAUUUCGCCACAGACUCAGCUGUCUGUCGCUGCCGCUAUCCAAAUGUGCACAGCGGACGGAACUGUGAAAUCGAUAUCAAUCAGAACUCGUCCGUCUCGUUCCACGGUGGUUUUUUGAAGUACGAGCUGUCGCAGAAUGCACUCAUGGAACAGACAGUACUCUCGUUUCGAACUGAUCAAUCCCAAGCUUUGAUUCUGUUCGUCCAUGAUCAUAAUAAUAAUUUUAUGCAGUUGCAUCUUUCUGAAGAAGUGAACCUCACCUUAUCGCUCAACAACGACGAUAUCGUCUCAUCUUGUACGGUACGUGCUCGUGACGGAAGCGAAUUUGGCAACAUGGAAUGGAUCCAGGUAUGUAACCCUUAUCUUAGCGUAAUUUCAGAUAUUGUGAUCAUUCCCGUAGGAUUGAACUCGCCAGCGGAUCCGAAACCGUUCCUAUACACAUUCAUUGGUGGAAUCGAAAGGGAAAACGGUUCGAUGCUGCUUCGUCCGAUAUAUCAAUGUGCCGUCCCAAAUCUGCUGGGCUGCAUGCGAGGUGUUCGAGUCGGUGGCGAAGUGGUCGAUUUACGUCAUACAAUCCAUGAUUCUGGACCGAAUGAUCAGAAUCUCGUCCGGUCUGGUUGUGAUAUGGGAUGUGCGACGUUGGACUGCCGAAACGGUGGACAUUGUUCGGUUGCCUGGCGCGGCGUCGGCGGAAAAGUCGUAUGCGACUGCUCGCGGACGAGUUAUGCUGGACCGCAUUGUACAAUAGAUGAAGGCCUCACAUUUGACUCGAAUGCUCAUUUCACCUUCGAUAUAGGGCGAUUCUUGUCCCGUUACAUUCUGACCCCUCAAAAACUGACGCAAAAGUUGCAAUUUGCAUUUGCUCCAACAUCUCCGUCUCAAACUCAUCAAACUCUUGCCACCGUCUUGUUCAACGAUAAGAGGUAUGCUGUAGACCAACGAAUUAAGAAGGGAAAGGCAACUAUCUAA